AGGGCCGCCUGGACCGAGCUGCCUUCCACCCUGGACCUCUGCCAGCUCUGUCUGCCCCUGUCUGGUGCCGUGGAACCGUCCCUUGUGGCCAGUUUGUCUAUCCGUUCGUUCAAGAGGAUGCUGAACAAGGAACUCAGCCAUUUCUCCGAGUCGAGCAAAUCCGGAAAUCAAAUCUCUGAGUACAUCUGCUCCACUUUUCUUGACCCGCGACAGGAGAUGGACAUGCCGUCCCAGGAGGAGGUCGACGCCGGCCAGGGCAAGGGCAAUACGACGGGCCGCUCCAGUCGCGAGCGCAGCACCAUGAGCCAGAUCACGGGCAUCAAGAAACCGCUGUGUCACGCCAACAGCCUGCUGGCAGAGACAGUGCCCAAGUACGGCGUGGAGACGACCCAGGAGGUGGAGCUGGGGAAGGCGCUGGAAGAUCUGGACAAGUGGGGUGUGGACAUUUUCCGGAUAACAGACCUCUCGGGCGGCCGGCCCCUCACCUGUGUUAUGUACUCGAUAUUUGUGGAGCGGGAUCUGCUGAAGACGUUCAAGAUGUGUCCGAAGACGUUCAUCACGUUCAUGAUGACGCUGGAGGACCACUACCUGAAGGACGCUCCGUACCACAACCGGGUACACGCGGCCGACGUGGUGCAGUCGACGAACGUGCUGCUCAACUCGCCGGCUCUGGAGUCGGUGUUCACCAGCCUGGAGGUGCUGUCGGCGCUGUUUGCCUCUGCCAUCCACGACGUGGACCAUCCGGGCCUCACUAACCAGUUCCUCAUCAACACCAGCUCUGAACUGGCGCUGAUGUACAAUGACGAAUCGGUCCUGGAGAACCACCACCUGGCCGUGGCCUUCAAACUGCUGCAGAAUGAGAACUGCGACAUCUUCGCCAACCUCAGCAAGAAGCAGCGACAGUCGCUGCGGAAGAUGGUCAUAGACAUGGUCCUCGCCACGGACAUGUCAAAACACAUGAGCCUGCUGGCCGACCUGAAGACGAUGGUGGAGACGAAGAAGGUGGCCGGGUCCGGCGUCCUGCUACUCGACAACUACACUGACCGGAUACAGGUCCUACAGAACAUGGUGCACUGCUCGGACCUGAGCAGCCCCACCAAACCGCUGGAGAUCUACCAGCGCUGGGUGGGCCUCGUUAUGGAGGAGUUCUUCCACCAGGGCGACCGGGAGCGGGAGAUCGGCAUGGACAUCUCACCCAUGUGUGACCGGCACAACGCCACCGUGGAAAAGUCGCAGGUGGGCUUCAUGGACUACAUCGUGCACCCUCUGUGGGAGACGUGGGCCGACCUGGUGCACCCGGACGCCCAGGACAUCCUGGACACGCUGGAGGACAACCGCGAUUGGUACCAGUCCAUGAUCCCCAUCAGUCCGAGCAGCAGCUCGCACGAGCUGCGGGAGGACGGCGAGGACGAGCUGCAGGAGGAGCCGGUGCGCGUGCAGAUCACGCUCGAGCGGCCCGAGCAGGGCGCCGCGCCGCCGCGGACCGGCGCAGACGCCUCGUGAGGUUGUGAUAGCGCGCGCGCGGCGUUUCGUUACCUCAGCGCGUUUUUGUACGACCGGAGCCGUCUGGCGGCGGGCGACGCGCGGGCGGAGGGCGCCGCGGCCGCGCCGACUCCCUCGCCGCCGCCGCCGCCGUCAGCCGUGAGCGGACUCCCCCACUCGUGCCAAAGCUGCGUGCGCAAACUGUGGCACAAAUGCCGCCGGUAGAGCGGCCCAUUCGAGACUGCAGCCGUGGAGCGCUCUGUAUUUUUGCAGGAAUUUGACUUAGUCUUGUUUUUCAUGGCGAGCUGAGCGCUGAGUGUUAUUCCGCGGUCGGCAGUGGAACGGUGGCACAAGAGCCCACUAGUGUAGCGGCACCUGGCUGCGCCCGGGCAGCCGCGGACGGGCUGGACCCUCCGCCGCUCGAGUGUGUCAGUCCGCACCACGCACACACACAUACACACCGAGCGAGAGUGAGUGAGAGAGCGAGCGAGCGAGACACUCUGCACCUGAACCGGGCCCGUCGGCUCGGCACCUGCAUCAACCCAUCUGCCUGUCCCCAGUCAUUUUAGAUAAGUAUUCGUUGUGCGCUUGGGUUUUGGGGCUCUUUGGGUACUUUGCUGGUAUUGCUAAGGCCUACUGCUCGUAGAUACGGUUACAGUUUCGAGGCUGUACAGUUUUGAGAUUGUAACUGUCGCGUUUGAUUGUUCGCGGACUGUGUGGCCAGCUGGUCUGUGCCGGACUCAGUCGUUUUUCGUUAAUUUUAAGUUUUACCCUCAUAAAUUUAACCUAUCAGUACAAUUGGUUUAUCCUGUAUGUGCAAUAUGUCAGCAGAGACGCCAUGUUUGGUUCGGAAGCCGUGUCAAAUCGACGGACAGACAGACAUACAAACAGGCAGACUGGCACCCUGGUGUAAAUAUUAAUCCACGUAGGAGCCCCGUUUGAUAUGCUUUCCAGCCCGUACCAUUCGCACCCCAACUCCGGGUAGGUUGCCACUUAGUGCAUCGUUGAGCUUUAAGUCUACGAUAUAUAGAUGUUCAAGCAGUGGGUGCCCAUUGGUAAACAGACUAUGGUCAGCAGCUGGACAUCUGAAGGUAGCAGGCUCACUCGGCGGCGCGUCCCGGCGCGGAGGGUCAUGUCGGUACCGUUUCGGGGUCACCUACCCCCCUCAGUGCCGCCCCCGCCGGCCCAGUUUCGGUGAAAGUCGCUCCUGCCGACAUCGUUCAUCGUCAGAGAGCAAAUGGGUACCUGUAUGUUAUAACUAACGCAGAAAAUAAUAAAUGUAUGUUUUAAGA